AUGCCUGGCAAGGUCGACAUUAGUAGUAAUCCGCAUCCACACACCAACAUCACCCCAGCCACAAGACGUCCAGCACCCGGAAACAACAACAGCCCCUUCCUCAACCAGGGCGAUGCACCCCCGGUCUACACCCCCGCCCCCAACGCCGCACCUAUCCCACCCACAACCCCCACCACAACCCUCACCGCCCCCACAGCAGACGAUCCCUACGCCUUCCUAACCACCUUCGACACCGUCUUCCUAAUCGACGACUCCGGCUCCAUGGCCGGCUCGCGCUGGCGCGAAACCGCCGACGCCCUGGAAACGAUAACGCCCAUCUGCACCGCCCACGACAGCGACGGCAUCGACAUUUACUUCCUCAACCACCCGGCCUCCGCCUUCCAUCGCGGGGUGACUUCUUCCGCGACCGUGCGGGAGAUCUUCCAGACGGUGCGGCCUGGUUGCGGGACACCGACGGGACAGAGAUUGAAUCAGAUCAUGAAGCCGUAUCUACGUCGGUGCGAGGCGAAUCUCGAGACAACGAAACCGUUGAACAUCAUCUGCAUCACCGACGGCGAGCCAUCCGACGACGUGGAAUCCCCUCUCAUCGCCGCGGCGAAGAAGUUGGAUAAACUUGACGCUCCGGCCUGGCAGCUGGGGGUGCAGUUUUUCCAAGUUGGGAGGGAUGAGGAGGCGCGGAAGCAUUUGCAGCAGCUUGAUGACGAGUUGGCGGAGAUUGCGGGGGAUGGGGAGUUGAGGGACAUUGUUGAUACGGUGCCGUUCACGGGCGGAGAGGGAACGAGUUUGACGGGAGACGGAGUGUUGAAGUGCGUACUCGGCGCGGUGAAUCGCAGGCUAGACCGGAAGAAGAGUAAAGAUCUGCAUCGGUAG